AUGGCAAAGCAGGAGGACGCUCGUCUGGCCUGCCUUGGCUGCAAACCUGGCAGCCGCUUCGGCAUCAUCCGGAACACCCUGUCCUCUUCUUUCCAUUUUCUCCACGCACUUUCACGCCUCUCCCCAGUUCUGUACACGAGCCUCCGAUGCACGAUAAACAACCACGAUGAUGAUGAUGGCACCGCCGGGGUCAAGCGACGUAUCACGUCAGCGCACGUCUCGAACCGGUAUCACAACAGAUUCGGCGUGCUGCAAUUUCCCUUGCAUCCUGUCGACGACUCUGGGCCUACCGGUUUAGGCGUGCAAGCCCCUGAACCAAGCCUUGCGGCGUUUGACCCGUCCGAGCGCCUGACCCACUGUAAGCCAGGGCCGUAG